AUCAACCCCACCCCACAAAAGCAGCCGGCUACAGUGAAAAGGAGACAUGCUGCAAAAUGGCAUGGCUGGUGCCAUCAGCACCACAACCACCACUGAGAUACCAGACCUAAAUGAGAGGAGAAUCAGGCGUCUCAGAUUAACCCUCCGGCCUGAGGACAGUCCAAAAUCCCAGAAUGAAUCCGUCAACUCUGGCGAGAAACUGCUCAAUGGUUCCUGGAAAAAGAAAAAUGGGCUCAUGCAGAGAGAAAGACCACCUGGGAGAGAAUCGCCUCAACAAGAAGACAAGCACCCUGUGACCAAUGGCAUCGGUCGGGAACAGCCCGCUCAGCACGGGCCCAGAGUUUAUGGCGUGGUGCAGAGCACAGGCACCAGCCACCAACAGGAAGUGAUGGCACGCGAGUGGUCUGUCAGUCACCUGAGGGAUGAGAUGAGGUACAUCAGAGAGGUACGUGACUCUUUGGAAAAGGUCAGAGAGCGCAUGUAUGGCCAGUUUGGAGGGAUGCAACAAUCAGUGCAAAAAUUAACUCAGGAAUUAAAGGCAGCCAACUCUCAUAAGCGUUACCUUGAGUCAGAGGUGAGGACGAGAAGGGCAGGUAUGGAUAGCUUUGACCAGAUGAACAGCUCCCUCAUAUCAGCAAACAUUGAUCUACAGAAAUCAUUGCUGGAAAGCUGUCAAAAUCGUGUGGGGAACAGAGAUGAGAUGAGAACUCUGCGCAGCUCGUUGGAGAAGACAGAGGAGAAACUCAAGGAAACAGAAAGACAACUAGCAGCAGCACAGGCUGAAAACCGCUCUCUCAAAAAUCAGGUGGAGACUUCUCAGGAGGCCAAGACUCAAGCAUUAAAAGAGCUGAGUGCAAAGCUACAGAAGAAAUAUGAGGAACAGCUGCAGGAACAGCAGAGGAAAUACAGAGAGGAGAUAGAGGCUCUGCAGGCACAGCUUGAUGACUACAUGAGGAGGCUUGAGGAGGCAGAGAGGAAUGCUCAGAUAGCGGAGGCAAAGAUCGCUGAAAGGGAUCAAAAAAUUACAGAGGUGGAGAGGCUACUAAACUGUAUGGCUCAGGAAAAGGGUGACCUGAUAAAAAAGCUUUGUGAAUGUGAACAACGCUUACGUGGUUUGGACGAAACUGACCAUGCAGAUAAAGCUGUGGCCAAACAGUCGGAGCAGCUGAAAGCGGAAGCAGCAGAACUGAAAGAGCGAAUAAAGCAUCUCAACGACAUGGUGUUCUCUCAACAGAGGAAGGUCAAGGCCAUGAUAGAGGAGGUUGAAACACUGAGAGCAAAAGUUGCACAGAAGGAUAUGUUCAUCGCUGAGCUGCUGGACAGGAUUGCCAUUGUGGAGUGUGAGAAUAAUGAGUUAGGAGACAAGUUGAAGUAUUUUAUGUCUAUACAGAGAGCAUCUGAGACUAAAGUAGCCACCAGGGACAUUGGAGUUGGCUGUGACCUCCCCAUGAGAUCUGAGGAGCCGCCGUAUGUCGCUCCUGUCCAACCCAGCCCCAUCUCAUCGGCCCCGAGAUCCCCUAGCAGACUGAACUAUAGCCUUCUUAAAUACACUCCCGGUCAGUACAGCUCAAUGCUGCGCUCCAGUGCAGUAAAUACACAAGAAACUGCAAGCAGUCCCACACAAACUUCAAAUUAUGUUCAGACCAGCCAUGAAGACGGGGACUCCAAAUCUCCAACAGCCUCAGAACUGUCCUCUACCGGCAGUCCUAGAGCGAGGACCAGCCCGUCACAGAUCUACACUCCUUUUAUGAAGCUGAUGGAGAUAAGCGCUAAAAUGAACAUAGACUGAAUGGAGUUUUACUGAAAUGGCAGCAGCAGAAGCUUAUGGAACAUGAAGUAUUGUUGUUUUGUUACUGUUUAUGUAACAUUAAGGUGUAUGUAAAUAACCUACUGAUCUGUGAAUAACUUAUUUUGGUAGUAUACUGUAUACUGAUGCACUCUGUUGCUUUGUUUACCAAAAAAUCUAGUGAUUUUAUGUGAUAGCUUUCUAUAUUUUACAGUUAUCUAUUUAUAUUUCCAUUUUCUGAGACCGUAUUUAGAUUAUUUUCUAAAGUGUAUUACACCAAAUAUUUUGUUAUAUACAAAAAACUCAAAAUAGGCUCAAUAUAUGAGGGUUUCUUUCAGAAAAGGAAUGAUGGUAGCUAUUAACUGUGAUCAUAGCUCAGUACUUUUUUUUUUUGUUGCUUCAAUGUGUUUUGAUGUGUUUAAAUGGUUCUUUUUAUUUGUACUAAGAGAGUUGUUGACAUUAGUGGUCUCACACUCUCAGUUGCACUUUUCCCACCUGAAGUUACUGAUGCAAAGACUCCAAUUCACCUGAUUUUUUAAGACUCGAAACAUUCAGAAUACCAGUUUAAACAAAGUAUUGGUUAUGGACCCCCAUUGUUCUAGACCAGAGUGCAUUAUCCAAGAGGAAGCAGGCCUCUGUGGAUUGUUCGCAGCAUUAAUGUGUUAAUGCACUUUUCUGAAGACUCGCUUCAGUUGCCAAAAUCACAUAAUUUAUGAUGACUGCAAAUGAAGGUUUAUAGACUACAUUUGGUAUUUUUCACUCACCGAGCACUGUAUUUACACAUAACUGGGUAUAUUGUUCAAGAAAUAAAAUGUCCAAACCUACAA